AUGGGUAAAACUUCAAAAGCGGUUUUCUUAAACAGGAAUCAUCGCAAAUUUCAGUUACGGAAGAGCGAUUGGAAACAUGAUGUUGUCUACUUGUAUCAGUUUCCUCGUAGCAAGACGAUUCCCAACAUGUCGCCGUUCUGUCUGAAGGUCGAGACCUUUCUCAAAGUGAAUAAAAUUCCAUAUGAGGUGUGCCCGCUUCUAAUGGGACGUUCGCGAUACGGCUUGCUGCCCUUCGUCGAGCUGAACGGUGAACACAUAGCCGAUUCGCAGAUCAUCAUUAGUCGUCUCACGAAACAUUUCAAUAUUAAAAGAGGAAUUUCGACCAUGAAAAAAUGGCUUAUACUGUUGAAAGUUGACUGCACACUUUUCGGACAACUAGCCACAGUGUUGUAUGUUCCAACGAACAGUUACGCGAAAGAACUGCUAAGAGACCACUAUCCAACGCUGGUGGAGUACUGCGGUCGAAUCAGGGACACUGUGUUCGGAGACGAGUUCGCUUCCCACUGA